CGGACCCUUCGGGAAAAAAAAAACACUCAACAAAACAUACAGGGACGUCACUGAGUUUAUUUGAACAUCACUAGCUACCUGGGAGCUCGGCUACCCUGUGCCCUGCUGCAAGCUCUCCAGUUAUCCUCUGUUCUGCUUAUGUGACACAUUGUGCCAUGCGGUAACACUUGCCUGCUUGGGGGAAGUGCGUCCGUCCUUAUCCCGAAACAGGUGAAGUCUUUUGCAGAAGUUCAGAAUGAAUGGAUACUCUUCUCCAAGCUACCCAUCUGGAGGGUUUGGCUCUUACUCAUCCCAGCUGAAUGGAUGCAGUUCAGAGCCACCAGUGCACCCAGGGAUCGACCAGAGCUCUUCCUCCAAAACAAAUGCAAAAGCCUUGUAUGGGAUGGAUGGAUUGUACUUCCUCAGAUCAUCUUCCAAACAUAAAAAGAAAGAGCAAAGGAAGAAUUAUGCGAAAAACAGUAUUAACAGCAUGACUGAUACAUCGCAGUACCAUGUGGAGCACUUAACAACAUUUGUCAUGGACCGCAAGGAAGCUAUGAUAACCAUUGAGGAUGGCAUCCGGAAACUCAAACUUCUAGAUGCCAAAGGCAAGGUUUGGACCCAGGACAUGCUUCUGCAAGUGGAUGAUAAAACAGUCAGUCUGAUAGAUGGGGAAACCAAAAAUGAAUUGGAAAAUUUUCCUCUGAGCACUAUUCAGCAUUGCCAGGCAGUGAUGAAUGCAUGCAGCUACGAUUCAAUCUUAGCUUUGGUUUGUAAAGAAACAGGACAAGGAAAACCAGACCUACAUCUCUUUCAAUGCGACGAUGUCAAGGCGAACCUGAUCCAAGCUGAUAUCGAAAGUGCCAUCAGUGAUAGCAAGGGAGGGAAACAGAAGAAGCGUCCAGACACUCUGAGGAUGAUUUUAAAGGCUGAUGCUGAUAUCCCUCCCCCCCCCUCGGCGCCGGCGCCUGUGCCCCCAGCUACGGUCACGCAGGUGGAUGUGAAGAGCCGAGUGGCAGCCUGGUCGGCCUGGGCCUCGGCGGAGCAGCACGACUAUGACAAGCACAAAUACUUCUCUGAACAUGACGAGCCACCAGAGACAAUGGCUGCCCGUGUUGACCGAGAUGUGCAAAUCCUGAACCACAUUUUGGAUGACAUAGAGUUUUUUGUCACUAAACUUCAAAAAGCUGCUGAAGCUUUUAAUGAGCUUUCAAAGAGGAAGAAAUCAAAGAAAAACAAAAAGAAGGGACCAGGGGAGGGUGUCCUAACACUACGGGCAAAGCCACCAUCUCAGGAGGAAUUUGUUGACUGUUUUCAAAAAUUUAAGCAUGCGUUCAAUCUGCUUGGCAAGUUAAAAUCACACAUUCAAAACCCAAGUGCUUUGGAAUUGGUCCACUUUUUGUUCACACCACUGAACAUGGUCAUUCACACUACAGGAGGGGUGGAGUUGGCCAAAAGCAUCCUCAGCCCUCUACUCACCAAAGAUGCAAUUGACUUCCUGCACUCCACUGUCACUCCUGAAGAAAGGCAGCUCUGGAUGUCACUUGGCGAUACAUGGACUAAGUCAAGGAUGGAAUGGCCCAAAGAGCAGUAUGUUCCCCCUUAUGUCCCUCAUUUCCGCAAUGGCUGGGAGCCCCCACUACUCACUUUCAUGGGCACGUCCCGCGAGCAAGAGCUCAACCAGCUGGCAGAGUCUUUAGCCAACGUCGCUGAGCACCAGCGCAAGGAGGAGCUGCGCAGACUGUCUCUCGAGCAACCCAGUGUCCAGGACUUUCCUCCAAGCGAUGGGUAUGCAUUCAGUAACACAGCUUACAAAAGAGGGCACUAUCUGGACCAGGAGAUGGCUGUCGCUGCCUUUAAGCAGGCAGUCAGUCGGCAUGUAGAUAGAAAUUAUGAAGCCCAUGGAAGAAUCCAACCAAAGAAUUAUGCCAAAUCUAAGUACGAUUUUGUAGCAAGGAACACCACCGAAUUAUCUGUUGUGAAGGAUGAAGUUUUAGAGGUGCUGGAUGACAGAAAGCAGUGGUGGAAAGUUAAAAAUGCAAGUGGGGCUUCAGGGUACGUGCCAAACAACAUCCUUGAAAUUACCAGGACUGUGGAUAUGGUUACAGGACGGACAGACCCUGUCUAUAGCCACACCAUUCAGCUAAUGAUGCCAAAGAAGGAAUUUGAGUUGUUCAAGCAAUUACUUGGGGAGCUAUCAGAGAAGCAGAAAACGGAUUAUGUUCCCAAACCGAUGCACCCCAUCCCUCCGGCCCCGUCUCCACCGCCUGCCGCCGCUCAGCCCCCCACUCCUCCCAUGCCUCCUGCCGCUGUCCCCUUGUGCGCGGGUCAGCGGUCCUCCUCCACGGGCGUCAGCCGGCAAAACAGCAGCAACUCCAGUGACAAUGGCAGCAUGAAGCUGAGGGACAGGCAGCAGGAGAAGCCGACCCCGGUCACCCGCAGAAAAUCCCAUAUGGAGGAGGUCCAGGAUGAGCUGAUGCACAGGUUGACCAUUGGACGCAGCGCACAGAAGAAGUACCAGGUUCCACGUAGCACCAGCCUCCCUGCUGCUAAUAUCACUUAUGACUCUUCCCCUGAGGAAGUAAAGGUGUGGCUACAGGCCAAAGGAUUCAGCUCUGUAACCAUCAACAGUCUGGGAGUUCUCACAGGUGCCCAACUCUUCUCCUUGAACAAGGAUGAGCUGAAGACAGUGUGUCCUGAUGAUGGGGCGCGAGUAUACAGCCAAGUCACUGUACAGAAGGCGGCUCUGGAGGACACAACAGAGCGGACCUUGGACUUCACAGAGAUCGUGCGCCGCCGUCAAGAGUUAGCAGAUCAGUGAUACAACUAAAAUACUCCCAGAAAUCAGUCUUACUGUUGUGAACUGGAUACACUAGUCACAUGCUGUACCAAAACUGCUAAAAAUUACAGAAUUGAAUAUUCAGAUCAUAUAGAAUGAAGGCAAGUGCUCUUGUUUGGAGAAAAAAGCAAACAGACAAAAGUUUUUAUUCACAAGUAAAUGCCUACAGCAUAAAUCUGAUACAGCAUUUCUGCUUCCACUUUGAAAUAGAUUGCCUUUUGGAAAUUCCCAUGGCCCAUCCUCUAAAGAGAGAGCAAAUAUAAUGUGCAAUGUACGUGCUUCACAUAGGCAUCUUUGACCCAUUAAACAGAAUGGAACCAUAGCUUCUGAGUAAUGUGGAAAGAGAUAAAACAAAGAUUACUUUAGGGUAUUGAGUGUGAAUAAUUGAUUGUAAAAGAUAGUUAUUGUUUUCAUUUUGUCCUUUGGCAAAAAGAAGAUUAUAUUUAUGUAUAUGCAUUAAUGAAUGUACUUAUUUGGUUUAAUUUUAUUUUAAGAAUUGCCAAAUUAAUACUAAUUGUAAAUUUAAGCAGACUUGGGGAGGGUGUGGGGCAAUGAUGUAGUGUUUUUUCUUUUUUAAAAUGACUGAUGGAAAAAAAUUAAAUAUAUUUGACAGGAGACACCUUAGUUUCACAAGUCCUUUAGAUAGUGCCUGCUUUAUUUUUUAUAGAUGCAAUAUAGACUUUUAUUUUCCUGAGUUCCUAGGAAACGUUUCUUACACUUUUCUUUCCUAGUUUGGCUGAUUUCCUUGACUGUUUCAUCACCCUAAUAAUUAUCACAAAUACUCUCGUGUAACGAUCUUGUGCUAUAAUGUGAAGAUGUAGACAACUAGACGAAGAAGGAAAGGUUUGCAUUUAUCUAUAGUGUGACAAUUUAAGCUUGAGGAUAGUAGGCAUUUCGUAGUGUCAGACUGGACAUCUGGCAGAAUCACGUUUUGCAAUGUUCGUAUUAUUGAAAUUUCACUGGGCUGAGCAUUUUAUCUGGUAAAAUAUCUUUAUAAGUUAUACUGACCACAAGCCUCCAUAUUUUCACUUAUUUCUACAAAUCAUGCUGGUCUGACAUUUCAAAAAAACUUUAUCUUACUCUUUUUUCACAAUAUACUUUUACAGUAAGGCAAAGUUGUUCCUUUUUGCCUCAUCUUCUGGGGACCUGCUUUCAUCUUCAUAAUGUCCAAAGAUUAGGAUUGUUCUUUCUGAAGAAACAUCUAAAGGAUUCUUCAGCUGCAUUGUGAAUGUUAUUUUAUACGAGAUGGUUUUAAGCCCCAUCCAUCUUACGUUAAGACAUCACUGCACACAAAGAACAGUUUGCCUGUUCUUACAACGAGGCAUUAGUACUGUAAUAUCAGAAAUCCCAGGGUUUACUGUAAUUCAAAAGACAUUAUCUGAAAUCUGAUUACUGAAGUUAUUGUAAAAAAAAAAGAAGAAAGAACAAUCAUUGGAAGUUAUUUUGAUCAAAGAUACCUCCGCACUGACAGUAUUUAAGUAGAGAUUGGUCAGAUGCAUAUAAGAAGAAAGAUUAGUCUUUAUAGAUUUCAUAUUAAGAAAUGUUACCAUCUAUAGGUUGAAUAAUUGCUAAUAUAUCAGUUUUUUUAUGUUCUGGGAAUGUUAAAAAAAAUAUUUAACGAAGAAAACUAAAUGAACAGAUUGCAAAACAUAAACAGUGUUGUUGUGCGAUUUCCUUCCAUAUGUAAUACAAUGUUUUUUUCAUUCAAAACAUUUGAUACAAUUUCAGGAGAUUUUAGUGACCUUUCAAUAAUUAAAGUAGUUAUUAAAUGUAAUGGAUAUUAUGUUGAACAUUUACAGUAUUUAUUCUAUAUUAUAUAAGGUGUGGUGUACAAAAGAAAAUUACACUACUGUGGAUAUUUGUAAAAUGUACAUUCAGUAUAACUGUCUCUACCUACAAGUAAUGCUAUUGGAAUAAAGUAAGUGCGGUGAUAAAAAUAGUUAUAUGAAACAUUCAAGAUUAUUUUUUCAAGCUUCUCAAGUACUCAUAUAUGCUGUGUUUGCAUAUUAAUCAUUGCUAUUCACAGGAAGGCCUCUGAAUGAAAACAAGGAAGUGGUUUUAAAAUGUAUCAAUGUGGAGGAAUUGCAUAUUUUUCUGAAUAUACUGUAAAGCAAGAAAGCAACACUGUAUAAUGUUUUAGUAAUAGGUAUGUUUAUCCAAAGGCUUCUGCUGUUACAAUUUAACAUUUCUUGGAAAUAUAUGCAUUAAUUGGGUUGUCAGUUUCUUUUAGGAAACAGUUCAUAAGGGUAUUUUGUACAAUAUAAUGGUUUCCCUUCAUACCAUAUACUCUAUAAAAUAUUUUCAAGAGAGUGUUAUGUUACUGUUAUACUCCAAGAUAAUGACUGAAAAAAAAGUCUGAGCACAUACAGUAAGUACCCCCAAAACUUUUUAAGUUUGAAAAAAGGUUAUGAAUUCAAAAUGCCUGGCGAUUCAAUAACAUGAAGUAAAAAGUAAAGAAAAAAAAUGUUUUAAAUACAGCCUUCUAAUCUUAAAACCAAAGUUAGUUUAAUAUAUUUAUUCUAGGCUAAACAAUAUUUUAAGGCUUUUUGUAACCAGGUUCUGCCCCAGUUGUAGUUACUUUGUUUUCAUGUGUUGUUGGUGGCAUGCGGCUAUUAGCAGUGGGCCUGGUUAGUUCCUUCAUGAUUGCUUUAUAUUCAUGUCCACAUACAGUACAUAGCACUUUGAUGUGACCUAGCAAUAUUUGAUUUAAGUGUUUGCUAGAUGUGCUACAUUUUUUUACUGAGUAAUAGCAUCUGGUUUGUGCCAGUGGAUAGGUCAUUGCUUCUGUCCUAGCCAAUACUAGUCCAGUUUUGAAAGUUAUUCUUGACCUUGGUUUAAAAAGAACUCCUCCUUAGAUGUCAAGAUAAAGUAUUUGUGUUUGUUUGACUCACAUUAUUUAGCUAAUUGCCUAAAACGUUACCAGAUCUUUCAAUUUUAAGUGUGCUUAGUUUAUCAAGCAUGUAUUAAUCACUGCAAAAUUGAAAUUAUAUCACAAAGACUGUACCCAAUGAUUAAAACAGACCCAUUCUUUCAUAGUACACCAGUGUACAUUGCAUAAUGUUCAGUGACUUUUGUUUUAGACGCAAAUACACUGCCAGUACAUAAUUGAGAAAAUGAAGGUUUCUAGUUAUCCUUUGAGAGUUGAUAGUGCUCAUGUUUACUGUUCUUACAGACUCUCCCCAUUCCUUCCAUAAUAGUGGAUGCAUUCAUCGGAUGUUGUCUGAAUUAUUUUUCAGUUUCUAGGAAACCUAACCACAAAGUGUACAUUUAGAACUCUUACUGUUACUUUAUCUGUUUUCCUAAGACUUUCAAAGUUGUUUUCUUGCCAUACUUAUUUUUGUUAUUCUUGUAUUUUGUGCUUUUGUCUUGAAACAAAAUACACCUUGUUUGAGUGGACAGCUUUCUCUUAUUUAAAUUUUUAACAAUUUAAAAAGUUAACAAAUUUAGAAAAUAUUUUGAAAGAAUAGGUUGCUAUUUUGUGUUGUCCUGCCCCCCUCUAAAAAGAUGUGCAAUUGUAGUCUUAAUGUUGUAUGAGUUACAUACUGUAAAUGUAUAUUUGAGGAAACAAUUCAGCACAUGUAGUAUAAUACAUAAUUGUACCUGUAUAGUUUUCAUGGUGCCUUUUUCAUAUGAUCCUGCUGAAAUUCUGCAAUAAACACUAUUCUAAAAAUG